UGGGGUAUUUUAUGUGUUGAUUUCGAAACCGAACACACCUGCGGCAGUGAGGGCUCAGUCUUUUGACGACUUUAACGAAUAUCGGUUAUUUAACGCAUUUUCUUUACGAACGAAUUUCUUUUAUAAUUUUGAAUCUAAAAUACAUAACCGAAAGUGAAACCAUCUCAAGAUUUUAAAAAUUCUUUUCCUGUGAAAAAAUUGAAAAAUUACUUAAGAAAAAUAUACAAAACAAUAGUGUAAAUAAAUCUCAACAAUGCAGCCACAACAGCAGCAGCAACCGCCAUAUCCAGGACAACAGCCUUAUCCAGGACAGCAACCAUAUCCUGGCCAACAACAAUACCAAGCGCCACCACAAUAUCCCGGUCAACCACAAUAUCCCGGCCAACCACAAUAUCCGCCACAACAACAAUUUCCAACGCAACAGGAUCCACCGAAUGUAAUUUACGUCACAUCUGCCACACCGGCACCAGCUCCCAUUCAAGCGAACACCAGCUGGCGCAAUAGGCCACAAACAAAUGCAACAGCUGCAGCUGGCCUCAUUUUCAUAUCGGGCGGUGCAAACUUGGCAUUGGGCGUUGGCUGGACUCAGGGUAGUAUUUAUGGCUCUACCUAUCAUUUCUUGUAUUCCUGGUUUAUUGGUGUGAUCAUAGGUACAGUUCUCGCACUGCCGUUGAGAGGCGUUAUAACCAAUCGUCUAAUUACGUCCCUAUCAACAUUACUGGUCAUCAUUGCUGGCAUCAUUUUCGUAAGUGUUCCCUACGAUUAUGAUUCGUUGUUGGCGGCACGUUACCUCAAUGGCAUUGCCAUUGGCCUGGUCACAGUGCCGUUCCUGAUGAAUGCCAGUGAAAUUGCCGAUAUUCAGUAUCGCGGUGUUUGUGUGACCAUUGAGCAGUACUCCAUCUCAUUGGGCAUUGCUGUCCAAAUGAUGUAUGCCUCGAACUGGACCCAGACGGUAGAUUUCCCUGCCAAUCGUUUGCAUGGCAUUUUGGAUAUUAUCUAUGGCAUUUUUGCUGCCAUCUCCUUGGUGUCGGUGGUGGAGUCCCCAGUUGAUAUGAUACGCAAGGGCAAUGAGUCUGCAGCCCUGGAGACAUUGGGCCGUCUAAGGAGACCCCAAUUGGUGACAACGGAAACACAACAUUUGCUCAACGAAUACAAGACCUAUGUUCGCGAAGAGGAGAAUUUGUCGUGGAUGCAAAGCUUUCAACGUGGUCUGGUGCCCUUGGUGAAAAUGUUGCUCUUCCGCAGUAUGCUGCUGACGUUCUGCAUGUCGCUGCCCCUGAAUCUGAGCAUACAAUAUAGUUCGUUGGUCAUCGGCAGCACAUGGGUGCCAACGGUGGCAGCUGUUUUCCGUGUCCUCGGAGGUAUUGUCACCAUUGGCAUGGUCGACAAUGUCAACCGGAAAAUGCCCUCGGUUUUCAGCAUUCUGAUCAUUGGCUGUUUCCUCAUUGGUUUGGGCUCCCUCUUCACAUCGUUGAGCAACAUUACGAGCUAUGAUGACAUGAACUCGGCCAUGUAUUUGUAUUUGUUCCUGCAAUUGUUCGCCGGCUUCUUUGUACCCUAUGCCUCGAUUUAUCUCAGCGAAGCAUUCCCAUUGAGGGCCAAGCCGUUCCUGAUGGCUGUCGUUGUCAUUGCCGAGCAAAUAAUUCAAAUCAUCUUUAUUGACACCAUCACCAUUCGCAUUGGCGAUAAUUUAAUGGCCCAGGGUAUUAUUACGGUGGUGGUAUUCCUAUUUUUGGGUCUAACCAUGCCCGAAACGAGAAACACCACCUUGACGGAGGCUCAGAUACGUUUUAGAAAGUUAGUGAAUCUGUAAAUUGUAGAAUUCUUGGUGGAAAUAGGAAACGGAAAAUUGAGGUCAAUAUUUAUUAUUUUUUUUGGUUUUUAAUUUAGUAUUUGUGAAAUUUUCUAUAUUUAUUUUUUUGGUAUUGAGAUUAAUGUUUCCAAAAUGCAGUUAAUAAAAAUUUAUGUUUAUAAGCCAAAUAAAAAUUAAAAGGGCAACACAUGACUAUUAAUAAAAUAUACGAUCAAAAUAAUUGA